CAGUUUUUCUUUUUCAUCUUGGACUUUUGAGUAUUUUGUUGGUUCAUUACUAAAGUUAACAGCUUUCUCCAAAAAUGCAGUUCAGGCUAAUUCUCUGUCUCACUUAAGGAAAUAGUCCCUGUCAUGGGUGAAGAGUCAUCUCAUUCUUUGGUGGUUUUGUGUUUGUUUUGGGGAGAUGUAGAAGACAGAAUAAUGGCCCCCCAAAGAUGUCCACAUCCUAAUCCCCAGAUACUGUGAAUGCGUGACCUUACGUGGCGGAGGGACUUUGCUAAUGUGAUUAAGUUAAGGACCUUGGGAUGGGGAGAUUAUCCUGAAUUAUCCGGAUGGGCCCCAUGUUAGAAGACAAGAGUCCUUGUGAGAGGGAGGCAGGAAGGUCAAAGGCAGAAGAAGUAGGAGAUGGGAUGAUGAGGCAGAGGCUGGAGUGAUGUGAGGAUGGGGCCAUGAGCCAAGGAAUGUGGACGGCCUCUAGAAGCUGAAAAAGGAAAGGAACAGAUUCUCGCCUAGAGCCUCCAGAAGGAACGCAGCCCUACCCACACCUUGAUUUUAGCCCCAUAAGACUUGUGUUGGACUUCUGACCUCCAGAACUAUCAACAAAUAAGUUUGUAUUAUUUUAAGCCACUAUAUCUGUGAUAAUGUGUUAUAACAACAAUAGAAAAUGAAUACAGAAGGUUGCUUUUGUUUUAUAAACUUAAUCAGUACUUUCGCUAGUUCCUUUGUAUAAAUAAGAAAUCACCUAAACGGAGUAGAAUGAGGGGAAAAAGCCUGGAAUGUGGAAGGUGAAUUCAGGGUUAGCGAGUUAAAAUGGUACUUGGAGCCUCCAGGUUUGAGUGUGGACUCAGCGAUGGCCGAUGACCGACCAGCAGAGCGCUCAGCUUAUCUGGCCCUGGAGUUUUCUUUCCUGUUUAACCCUUUAUCUGCUUUCUUUCUAUCUGUUCCUAUCCCUCAGGAAAUCCGACAGCUACAGCAGAAACAGGCGAGUUAUAUCAGGGAGAUUUCUGAUCUUCAGGAAACAAUAGAAUGGAAAGACAAAAAGAUAGGGGCCUUAGAGAGGCAGAAAGAGUUCUUUGAUUCCAUAAGGAGUGAACGAGAUGACCUUAGAGAUGAAGUAGCCAUGCUCAAACAGGAACUGAAGAAACAUGGAGUAAUCCUAAAUUCAGAAAUAGCUACCAAUGGAGAGCCUUCUGCCACUCUCAGUAAUGUUGGCCACCAAGAUUCCACCAAAAUGACAAAAGAAGAGUUAAAUGCCCUCAAGUCGACAGGAGACGGGACGCUAGGAAGAGCCAGUGACGUGGAGGUGAAAAAUGAAAUUGUGGAGAAUGUGGGGAGAGGAGAAAUCUUGCAGAAUACUGAGCAAGAACGGCACAGAGAGGACAGAGUAAAGGACUGUGUGGACACGGAGGGAUUACAUCCUGGGGAAAACACCGAGGACCAGAAAACCUGUGAAGACAAGGCCUCCUCCCCAGGAACGUUAGCAAAUGUGAAAGAUGAGGAGCAGGUCACGAAUAUGCCAGGUGAUAGGACUAGGGCUUCCCUUGAGGAACCCAAACACUUAAGUGAUUUAGGUAGUGAGAGCCCAGACCCUGUGGUUGAGCAGCACCAUGGUAGUGCCCUGGAUAUCAAAAAUGAAAAGGAAGAAUCUGCAGAAAAGCAGGAAAAUGAAAAACAAGAAGAUUUUAAAACCAGCUUGGGAGAGGUUAGCAUCCAACCGUGUCAGGAAUCUGUUCCUUCGCACAUACCAGACGUUGAAAGGGCAAGUGGUACAGACACUGGCGGGCAGUGUGGCAGCCCCACAGAGAGUGUGGAUGAGGCAGGGGUAGCUCAUGUUGGGGAGCAAGUGGGCCUAGUGGCCUCAAGUCCUCCAGAGUGUAGUGAAGACCCAGUGAAUCAGGAUGAAAAUCAUGCAGUAGAUGUCCCUGAAUACCCAAGCACAGUGUGUAGCUUAGAGAAGGAACUUGCCAACCAGGAAGUAGCCGAGCCCAAGGAGGCCCCGACUCAGAGUGCAGAAGUAGGUAGGGAGCCCAGUGACGAAGACAACAAAACUGAAUCAAUGGAUGAAAAACCCACAGAAGUCCAAACCAUUCCUUGUUCUCCAGCAGCCAAGAGCAACCAUCAGCCAACAGGUGCAGGUAAGGUGGAGAGUGAAAGUGAACCCCUAGAUCUGAAACAAACCCAUGAAGAAAAGAACAGCCCACAGGGGGAGACCUUGGACACAUCACAGAAGAAGACAAAGACCAAGAAGAAGAAAAACAGGAAGAAAAAAUUGCCAGUCCCUGUAGGAACCCAUAAAGAUGUUGAGGAAGAGUUAGCAUUUCAGAACCCAGAUUUAAGUGAAGUUAAGGAGGAAGCACAGGCAAAACUUACUGACAAGAAACCAGCAGGAGAAGCCCAGAACGAGGUAACUGAAGACGCAGGAGAGAAAACGGUAUCAGGGAGCACUGAAAAUGUUGAGCGUCCAGAAGGUCCUAAAAUUGAGUUGGAUGGAAAACUUGACCAAGAAGAUGAUGAUGUAAAAACUAAGGUAGGAAAAGGAAUAGCUGAUAAAGACUCAGUAAAGUUUGAAGAUGAUACAAUUCAAUCAUCGGGCACUAGUACUAGCGAUCAAGGAUUGGGUGGAAGUGUUACACAAGGUAACGCUAGAAAAGAAGCUGCUCAGAGCAGUCCUCUGGAACUAGAGGAUGAAGACGCGCACAGCAGACCCUCCGAGGAAGUUAGUGAUACCUCCCAAACAGAAAGCGCAGAGAGGUGUGUGGGGUCAGAGCAUCCAAGUCAGACAGUCGAGAAAGUGUUAGAGAACGUUAGUCUAGAAAACAGUGACUCAUCGGCACUGGCAGGAGAGUUGGGGGACUUCCAGUCAGAAUACAAAGAAGGUCCGCAAGAUGGAAAUGAGAAGAGCAGAGGCAAAGAAGACUGUACCAUGUGCUGAGCUGAGGCAAAAACAGAGAGGCAGCUGGUAAGGUGAAGGCUUAGAGAGGACCAGGGACUGCACAGUAAGUCAAAAUGUCAGGAAGCACUUGUCUUCUCUCUCUGCUGGCGAUUUGCAUAAAAAGUUCUAAAUCGGUAUAGAUGCACUGUAUGGCAAUCAAUCACCAAGUUACCUACUCCUUUACACUGUAGACUGUUAACCUUUAGAUUUCUAUUCAGUCAUUACGGUUCUCACCCAGAUUAGAAAGACAGACACCUUUGUUGUAAUUGAGAGCACUCCAGUGAUAUCAAACAAUAAUGUACGCUGUUUCUAUUCCUGCUUCAAAUCAGAAUAAAAAUAUUGAACAUGUGCCUUAGGCUGAUGUGAAUGUGGAUACUCUUGACCAAGUAGAUCAGCAUCUAAUUGAAAGGACCAAAUUGAAUUUUGAGUUUCUGUGUUGUGAGUUGAAUUGAUGUUUAAAUUAAUCCCAUUCAGAUAUAUGUACUUUCAUAUUUGAUUUUAACAUGUACGUUAUAACCUGAAUGGUGUUUUAUUUAAAGGUGACAAAUGGCCAAAUAGCAUGUAGAUCACUGAAUGAUAAGAUACACACCUUAGCUCAAAAAUUGAUCAUUUUAGGGAUAAUGAGUAAACAUCUUUAAGCACUAGAGAGAUAUUGUUCACCUUGACCUCAUAGAAGUAUUUUAUUUCAAACCAAUACUUUUGGACCGCAUUGUUGAUGAUACCUGAAUUUAUUUUGUAGGAGAUUUUGACUUCACUUUAUGCUAAUUACGUACGAGAUUCAUUGUAUGCAAAGAUUCUAAUUUUUUUUUUUUAAUUCUGGAGGAGAUGUAUGUUGAAAUUGCAUUCUCUAUGACACUGAAGUCUCUGGGCAGGGCAGAGUCAUUUUUUAAAUUGAUUUUUUUUUAACCUUAAAAUUACUUCUCUUUCUGUUGGAGUGUCUACUUAUUAUUCAGAAGAGCCUUACAAAUGGUUACUGAUCUUGCUAAUUAGACUAUAACCGGGUUUUUUUAAAUAGUUGAAUCAUUUUUGGUAUUUUGGUAUAAAUACUUUUAUUUGCUGUUUUUCUGUGCAUUCUUACUGGAAAUUUCUUGUUUUGAUCUGUCUGAAGGGAAUAUAUAUUUUCUAUAUAAAGAAGCAUUUAGAAAAAUAAUUGUGACAUGUUAAAAUCACAAGGGAAUGUACAUCAUGAAUGCUGUUGACACUUUAUGAGAUUACGUGACUUCAUAUUACUGUUACAAGAUACAAUUAAGUGCCCAAAGACCAAAACCUCAGUAAGAUUUGGGGCAACUGUAAGUGUUACUAUGUAAUGGAAAUAAAAACAUUUUAUAAUUUUAA